UGAUGACGUAAUGUUGAUUGUCAAACGCGAAAUGGCGAGCGUGCUAGGAGGCCCGUUACCUGUAACACUUAACACUUGGGGGUAUACCAUGUUAAUUACCUUCAUACUCCAGUAUCGACACGAUUACAUAGGUAUAUCUAGUCCUGAGAAGGAUCAGGUGAAUAAUGGCGGCCGAAGCAGAGGUGGAGUUGGGUAGUGAGUACCCAGCACAUUACAAGGUCAUGAUGGACAAACUUAAUGAACAACGACAACUGGACCAGUUCACAGACAUCACGCUAAUCGUGGACGGACACCAGUUCAGAGCCCAUAAAGCAGUGUUGGCCGCGUGCAGCCAGUUCUUCCACAAGUUCUUCCAGGAUUUUACCCAGGAGCCACUGGUUGAGAUUGAAGGAGUGAGCAACACUGCCUUUCGCCAGCUGAUGGAGUUCACUUACACAGCCACGUUGGCUGUCGCUGGAGAAGAGGAGGCCUAUGAUGUCUGGAAGGCUGCUGAAUACCUCCAGAUGCAGGAAGCCAUCAAGGCACUCAACAAUAAAAUAAAUGACAAUGCAUCAGUGAUGGCAAAAAACAAAGGCAAAAAGAGGAAGAUUGCAGAGACUUCUAAUGUGAUUACAGAAACCCUACCCUCAGUAGAAGGGGAACAGGUGGAGAUUGAGGUGAUAGGUGAGGGGGCCAUCGAAGUGGAGGAGUCAGGCUUGGAGGAGGUGGUCGAUGCAGCAAAGAAUGCUCAGGCGGCGUCAGAUGACUCUGCUUUAGCUCUUCUCGCUGACAUUACCAGCAAAUAUCAGCAAGGGGAGCCUACGCUACAUGUGGUCAAGAAGGAAGGAAUAGAAGAGGAGGUUGUGUAUCAGGAGGAGACAGUGACUGCCUCCAAGGUGCUGGAGAACGUUGAGGUUGUCGAGGUCCAGAUCUCCCAAGUGGACAACAUGUUCCGCUGCAACAAGUGCGACCGCAGCUUCAAGUUGUACUACCACCUCAAACAGCACCUGAAAACACACCUUGGUUCACUGGAAAAGCCGCAUGUAUGCAACCAUUGCGGUAAAGCCUACACGCGGGAGGGCGCCCUGAAGCAGCACAUCAGCACGUUUCAUUUUGAUGCAGAAGAGCUCUCUCGAAACCAGAAGCCCCAAAAGAAAGUGCACGUUUGUGAAUAUUGUAAGAAGCACUUCGACCACUUCGGCCACUUUAAGGAGCACUUGCGGAAACACACAGGUGAAAAACCUUAUGAGUGUCCAGAUUGUCACGAGCGUUUUGCAAGGAACAGCACUCUGAAGUGCCAUAUGGCAGCUUGUCAGAAUGGGGCUGGAGCCAAGAAAGGACGCAAGAAACUCUAUGAGUGCCAGGUCUGUAGCAGUGUGUUCAACAGCUGGGACCAGUUCAAAGACCAUCUUGUGAGCCACACAGGAGUCAAGCCCAACCACUGCACCAUGUGUGACAUGUGGUUCACCCACCCUAAAGAGCUAAAGGCGCACCUCAAAGACGUCCAUUCCAUCGAGGACAACAAGUCGAAUGAGGAACUGGUAGUCACUGACUCUGCUGCCGCCACCGCCGCCCUCGCCAUAGCAACACAGAGCAUAGAGGGAGGUGAAACGGUCCUGUUGGACGACGGAAUUCAGGUCGAACACGUCACAGUGGAGCCCGUAGACGUUAUGGAGAUGGAGGAGACCGCAACUGUAGUGGUGGAGGACGGAGGGGUCGCAGAGAUGUGCGAGGAGGACAUGGAGAGAUUGAAGCAGGCUGGGGUGCAGAUCCAGGUGGUGCAUGUGACCACAACUGAAGUUGACGGACAGCAGGUGGUGAACUCUCAGGUGGAAGUGGAGAUGGAGGGGGAGAUGGUGAACGUUGAGGAAGUGGAACAAGCAGUGGUCGUAUGAGAAUGUGAAAAGGACUGUCUUAAAUGACCUGUGGGAAACUCUCUCAGUCCUGAACGGCUCCACUAUCCUGUAGCUGACAUCUUAGUUUCCAUACAGAACACUGCAUGUGGGAUACAGCAUGUCACCUCAGUAUGUCCUGUUGUCUGCCAUCACGUUGAAUGACUCCGUUCCCGCCAACAUCACUCUUUGAACUCUGAGUUAUGGACAGAGAUUUAUAACUUCCUGCUAAUGAUGCUGUAUUUAUGUUAAAGCUGUUUGCCAUCAUAUCCCAUAUCGUUGAUGACUUCAGUGCUUCAUCAAUCCAUCUUCAUCAUCUUCAUCUGUUUUAUUUUCUUUGUGUCCUUAUUUUACCUCAGAGUUAUAUUUUGUUUAAUUUGGGUCACUUGCCAAGACAAUUUUGACAAUGAAUGAAAUGUUUUUGUUGCAGCUCAUAUAACAGCUGUUGUAUGGUGCUGAUGUUCCUCAGUGCUAAUGCUACAGUUUUGUUCAAGCUUAUUUUCAUAUUGACUUAAUGGUGUUUUUGUAGGAAAGCUCAGAUAAGGAAUAAAAUUGGUUUCCAGAAUGGGCUACAA